CACGCAACGACAAGGCUGCUGGGGAAGCUUCAACCACUUUGUCACUGACAACAUUCUCACAGCCUUAUCGACAAUUUUGUUUCAACUUCCGUCAACUCAACUCUUCGACUCACGACAUACAGCAGCAGCACACGAACAUACCCAGCUUUUUGAUACCAUACUCAGAUUUACUACUCCGAGAUACGACCGAGAUACAUACGCAGACGACGCUUCUUACCCACAACCAUCAACCGGGUGGCCCCUCACGUCUGCUUCACUCCACGAUAAAGCAAGCUUCCAGCGGUGGCAACUCAAACCACGAACAGAAACCAUCACCGGCCAAUAUGGUGUCUUCGGAAGUAAGAGAUCUCCUGGCCCAGGUGCCUAACUGGAGUCUACCAGACCGCCCCGCCGCCUUCAGGACAAUAAUCACCACCAUCACCUCCAGCCCUGACCCCAGCCACUUCGCCGCCGACCUCAAAGCCGUUACCGACGCCAUCUUCCUAUAUUCGCUUGGUGUCGUCGCUACCCGUGCUCUGGUCAUCGAUCUGAUAGACGCCCUCAAAUCGCUUGCUUCCGGCGGACCCUCCACAGACUCCAUCGAUGUCAACACCUCCGGCAUCUGGCUCGACGUAGGUAAGGUCAUCCAAGAGCACAUCCAGUCCAACCCCACACUCGCCACCUCGCUCGUCGACCAAACGGCCACCAUCUACGAGGACCUCAUAGCGGCCGCCUACGAAUCCCAAGAGUCCUUCACUGACGCCGCCAAAACCCUCGCCGCAAUCCCGCUCGACUCGUCGCAGCGUCGCGUCUCGGACAAGUACAAGGCCGAUCUCUGGAUCCGCAUCAUCCGCAACUACCUGGAGGACGAUGACGCCACCAACGCCGAGAUCUACCUCAACAAGCUGAAAAACAUCAUCCACAACGUGGCCGACGACAACCCAGUCCUAAACCUGCACUUCAAGCUCAGCGCCGCCCGCAUCCAGGACAGCAACCGGCAGUUCCUGGCCGCCUCGCAGUCGUACUACGACAUCAGCCUGUCGCCCGCCAUUGCGGAAGAGGAGCGCUUACACACGCUGAGCAUGGCCAUCAAGUGCGCCGUCCUGGCGCCCGCGGGACCCCCGCGGUCACGCGUCCUGGGAAGGCUGUACAAGGACGAACGAUCGGCUUCCCUCGAAGAAUACGGCAUCCUGGAGAAGAUGUUUCUCGACCGCCUGCUGACGCGGGCCGAGGUGGAUAAGUUCGCUCAGGGCCUGGCGCCGCAUCAGCUCGCGACGACGUCGGACGGGUCGACGGUGCUGGCCAAGGCCAUGGUCGAGCACAACCUGCUGGCGGUGAGCCGGCUAUACCGCAACAUCGGGUUUGACGCGCUGGGGUCGUGGCUGGGGCUGGAUGGCGGCAACAAGGCGGAGGAGAUCACGGCGCGGAUGAUCGAGCAGGGGCGGCUGGCGGGGUCGAUUGAUCAGAUUGACAGGAUCAUUUACUUUGAGAGCGGGCUGGAAGCUUCGGGGGAGAAGGGUAGUGGUAGGGCCGAGGUACCGGUGGGUAAGGAGAUGCGGAGGCAGGAUGGCAUGGUGCAGGCGUUGGCGGAGGAUCUGGAGCGCAUUACGGAUGACUUGCUGGCCGAGUUCCCUCAGCUGGUGCCCGCCGGGGUUCCUGGCAACUAGGAGAGCUCGUCCCUGGGCGGGCAUCUCGAUCCUCUCGUGGAGAUGGAAGAUGCUCUACUCGAGGAGAUGGAAGAUGCUAUUGAGGACAUUGAAGAACUCAUCGCAGCCAUACCAGUGAAGUCCGGUAGCCCUUCCAAAAGAAAGCAAGCAUGAUGACCAAAAAGAAGGCGUACAACACCAGAACGAAAGGCGUAUGUACAUUGCGGAAAGGGAGCAUAAUACAGCAAUGGAGGCAUAGUUGCAGAUGGGACUUUGUCAUGACAGUGUCUCAAUAAUAGCCUAGCGUCUAAUCGAGGCCAGAAUAGAGUUACAUGAAGACAGGCAG